UAUUUCGCCGGAUUUGGAGUCGCAAACCGGUCGUACUGAAAGAAAGAGAUAUAAUUCUAAUUAUUAUAACUUCUGCAAUAUUUUACACUCAUAUUUAGGGGCACCGGAUUAAAAGAAAAUGACUGCUUUCGAAGAAAUGGGAGUUUUGCCGGAGAUAGCAAAAGCGGUGGACGACAUGGAUUGGACACUACCGACGGACGUCCAAGCGGAAGCUAUUCCUCUAAUUCUGGGUGGUGGAGAUGUCCUCAUGGCUGCAGAAACUGGCAGUGGAAAGACUGGUGCUUUCUGUCUACCUAUUUUACAAACAGUUUGGGAGACUCUUAAGGAUCUGCAGUCUGGAAAAGGAGGUGGAGGUGGAGCUGCGCAAGCUCAACAAUCGCACUGGGGAUUAAGUUUAUUUGACCGAGGACGAGCCUUGGCAGUAACGCCAGAUGGUUUGAGAUGCCAGAGCAGAGAGCAAAAGGAGUGGCAUGGUUGUCGUGCAAAUAAAGGAGUCUCGGGGAGCGGUAAAUACUUCUUUGAAGCCACGGUGACUGAUGAAGGUUUGUGCAGAGUAGGCUGGUCUACAUCUCAGGCCGCCUUAGAUUUAGGAACAGAUAAAUUCGGUUACGGUUUCGGCGGGACCGGCAAGAAAUCGAACGCGAAGCAAUUCGACAAUUACGGGGAAGCCUUUGGAAUGCACGACGUGAUCGGAUGUUUUCUGGACUUGGUAAAGGGCGAGAUCAGAUACACCAAGAACGGCGCCGACUUGGGCGUCGCGUUUACGUUGAACGGGCAGCAAAAGUCGCAGACGUACUAUCCGGCCGUCGUGUUGAAGAACGCUGAAAUGGCCUUUAAUUUCGGAGCGCAGCCGUUUAAGCAUCCGCCUCCAAACGACUAUGUGGCCGUGUCCUCGGCUGCGAAAGAAUCCGUCAAGUACAAUCCUGUUAACAGCAGCCAGAGUCAGACGAACAAAAGCGAUAAACCAGUGAACAACGCACCCCAAGCGAUCAUCAUAGAGCCCUCUCGCGAACUAGCUGAGCAGACUUACAAUCAGAUCCAGAAGUUUAAAACCCAUUUAAAGGAUCCAACAAUCAGAGAAUUGCUCGUUAUUGGUGGGGUGAACGUGAAAGAACAGAUUGCCACCUUGAAUUCCGGUGUCGACAUCGUAGUCGGAACUCCUGGGCGACUGGAAGAUCUCAUACAAGGCGGCUAUUUAUUAUUAACACAUUGCAGAUUUUUCGUGCUAGAUGAAGCCGACGGAUUACUGAAACAGGGUUACACUGAACUUAUCGAUCGUCUGCACAGACAAAUCCCGAAAAUUACGUCGGACGGUAAGCGAUUGCAGAUGAUCGUGUGUUCGGCGACUUUGCACGCGUUCGAAGUUAAAAAGAUGGCUGAACGUUUGAUGCAUUUCCCAACGUGGGUGGAUCUAAAAGGCGAGGACGCAGUGCCGGAGACCGUGCAUCACGUCGUAGUGACGGUGGAUCCGCAGAAGGACAAGUCGUGGCACAAUCUGAGGCACCACGUACAAACCGACGCCGUGCACGCGCGGGACAACGUGAGACCGGGGAAUAAUACCGCCGAGACACUGUCGGAGGCGGUGAAAAUGCUGAAGGGGGAGUACUGCAUCCGCGCGAUCAGGGAACACAAGAUGGACCGGGCACUGAUAUUCUGCAGAACGAAACUCGACUGCGACAAUCUGGAGAGGUUCCUCAAGCAGUCCGACGCGCAGCAGUUCUCGUGCGUGUGCCUGCACGGGGACAGAAAGCCCCCAGAACGUAAGGCUAAUUUGGAGAAGUUUAAGCGUCAGGAGGUGAAGUUCCUGAUCUGUACCGACGUGGCGGCCAGAGGAUUGGAUAUCACCGGUCUGCCGUUCAUGAUAAACAUAACUCUGCCCGACGAAAAGUCCAAUUACGUGCAUCGCAUCGGAAGAGUUGGCAGAGCCGAGAGGAUGGGUCUGGCCAUCUCGUUGGUCAGCAGCGUGCCGGAGAAGGUGUGGUAUCACGGCGAGUGGUGCCCCUCGCGCGGAAGGAACUGUAACAAUACCAAUCUGACCGACCAAGGUGGCUGUUGCACGUGGUACAACGAACCCAUGUACUUGGCGGAUAUUGAGGACCACUUGAACGUGACGAUUCAACAGGUCGGAACCGACAUAAAAGUGCCACUAAACGAAUUCGAUGGAAAAGUCACGUACGGCGAGAAGAGACUCGCAAUGGGAUCCAAUUACGAGAAUCAUGUUCAACAAAUGGCGCCUAUUGUGGCUAACUUAGCCGCGCUGGAAGGUAAAGCACAGCUUGCGUUCUUAAAAACCUAUCUAGUGAAAUGAAACAUACGUUAAAAACAAGAUCACAAACGAGAAAACGAUUGAAAUCUUACUCGAAUCUCACGAUACUUAUUCAGAGUUUUGCUCAUGAUGAAGUAUGCAUAUUACGAAGACUAAUAAUGUUAUCGCUUUUAAUACGAUAUCCUAUAUCAUUACUAUUAUUGUUUCUUUCUUGUAUUUAUCAACACUUUCGAAGCUUCUUUUGCAUUUGUACAAAAUCAUGGCGUCGAAAGCUCGCGCGUUGUGUAAUAAGAAUAUAAGUGUAAGCAAUGGAAA